AUGGGGCAUAAGAAGCGAAACGCGGCUCCGAGACCCAAACAGUCGCCGACGGCGGUGCAGCCACUAGCGGGGGAGGGAGACGCCGUCGUUUCGGUCCGAGCCGAUACUACUCUCGCUCUGGUCGAAGCCGACUCGAAUGAUGCCCUAUCGAUUAAGAUCGAAUCCUCGCCGCCGAUCGAAUCGGACGGCUCGUCUUACUCGGCGGCGAAGCUCGAAUGCGAGCGGGCCCUUACGGCUCUGCGGCGCGGGAACCACACCAAGGCCUUGCGGCUCAUGAAGGAGUCGUGCCAGCGCUACGAGAACUCGGCUCACUCGGCUCUGAUUCACCGAGUCCAGGGCACUGUGUGCGUCAAGGUCGCUGCGAUUAUCGACGACCCCAAUGCGAAGCAGCGGCAUUUGAGGAACGCGAUCGACUCCGCGCGCAGAGCCGUUGAGCUGUCGCCGAACUCGAUCGAGUUCUCGCACUUCUACGCCAAUUUGCUCUACGAGGCCGCCAACGACGGGAAAGAGUAUGAGGAAGUGGUGACCGAGUGUGAGCGAGCGCUGGCGAUCGAGAAGCCCGUCGAUCCUGCGAAGGAGAGUUUGCAGGAGGAGAGCCAGCAGAAGAUAUCGACGACGGAGGCACGGAUUGGGCACGUGCAUAAUGAGCUGAGGCAGCUGAUUCAGAAGUCGAAUAUCGCCUCAAUCUCGACUUGGAUGAAGAAUUUGGGCAACGGGGAAGAGAAGUUUCGGUUAAUUCCAAUUCGGAGGGUCACUGAGGACCCAAUGGAGGUGAGGUUGGUGCAAACCAGGCGGCCAAAUGAGAUUAAAAAGGCGACCAAGACGCCGGAGGAGAGAAGGAAAGAGAUUGAAGUUCGUGUAGCAGCUGCGAGGCUUUUGCAGCAGAAGUCUGAGGUGCCCCAAUUGGGGAAUGAUGGUGAGAAGAGUGAUAGGGGAUUGGAUUCGUCCUCCGGGUCUAGCCAGAGAGGUAGUGAGCGAAGGAAGUUUGGGAAUUUGAGGAAAAAUGGGUCCUCUGCGGAGAGGAAAGAUUGGGUUAGGUCGUAUUGGAAAUCAAUGAGUAUUGAUAUGAAGAAAGAGUUACUUAGGAUUAGAGUUAGUGAUCUUAAGGCAAAGUUUAGUUCGUCUAAGGAUGGUUUGGCAAAUGAGGUUUUAUCCGAAGCGUUGGCAUUUGCGGAGAGUAAUAGGAGUUGGAAGUUCUGGGUUUGUUGUAGAUGUAAUGAGAAGUUCGUGGAUUCUGAGUCCCAUAUGCACCAUGUUGUGCAAGAGCAUAUGGGAAAUCUUAUGCCGAAAAUGCAGUCAGUUUUGCCUCAAAAUGUUGACAAUGAAUGGAUUGAGAUGCUGCUUAAUUGUUCUUGGAAACCAUUGGAUGUGUCGGCCGCAGUUGGAAUGCUUAGGGAUCAAAGAAAAUGCAAGGACCCUGAGGUUGUUGAGGAUUUCUACUCGGGGAUUCAUACCAAGGACUGUGAUGAGUGCUUCAAAGAUGCGUGGGAUUCUUCACCUGAGAAGGAAGUUCUGGGGGACAGUCCUAGUGACUCUACUAUUGAGGGCAAUAACCAAGAGAAAAUUGCCCAUGUUGAGUUUGGAGAAUGUGAGGACAAUGGGUCGAUUGCUUAUUCUUCUGUUGCUAAUGGUUGGCCAAUAUCUGAUGAUUCGGAGCGCACAAAGCUACUUGAAAGAAUUCAUGCCUCAUUUGAGGUGCUUAUCAGGCACAAGUAUCUUGCUGCAAGCCAUCUUAACAGGGUGAUACAAUUUACAAUGGAUGAGCUCCAGGCUUCUGGUUCUCAGCUUCUUAACCAUGGUGUGGAGCAAACACCUAUGUGCAUUUGCUUUUUAGGAGCUAACCAACUCAGGAAAAUCCUCAAAUUCUUGCAGGACUUGUCCCAUGCUUGUGGUUUAGGUAGAUAUUCUGAGAAAAGUAGCAGUCCUAUGGAUGAUGUGAAUAACACGAAUCAGGGUGUGGAGAUUAAAGAAAGGAUUGUUCUCAACGGAGAUGCAUCCUGCCUCCUUUUGGAUGAGUGUCUAUUGUCAUCUGAAUGUACAUGUGGUGCUGGUCAUCAUACUGUCACUGAUGCUGCUCCUGCUGCUGUUGGUAAUGGAAAUGGUGUUCUUCCUGAUUCCGAUGCUCUGCUGUCCUGGAUAUUUGCAGGUCCAACUAGUGGGGAACAAUUGACAUCAUGGGUACGUACGAAAGAAGAGAAAACACAACAAGGGAUGGAAAUCCUUCAGAUGCUUGAAAAGGAGUUUUACCACCUGCAGUCACUUUGUGAGAGAAAAUGUGAGCAUUUGAGCUAUGAAGAAGCAUUACAGGCAGUGGAAGAUCUUUGUGUUGAAGAAGGUAAGAAGAGGGAAAAUGUCUCGGACUUUUCCCAUCGAAGCUUUGAAUCUGUUCUAAGGAAGAGAAGAGAAGAGCUUCUUGAGAGAGAGAAUGAUGUGAUGUUCCUCAGCAGUAGGAUUGAGUUAGAUGCCAUAUCAAAUGUUUUAAAAGAAUCUGAACACCUAAAUAUUAAUCAGUUCGGAUAUGAGGAAACUUAUGGCGGUGUGACUUCUCAGUUAUGUGACUUGGAAUCUGGGGAAGAUGAUGAUUGGAGAGCCAAGGAUUAUGUGCAUCAGGUGGACACUUGUGUAGAAGUUGCAAUCCAGAGACAGAAAGAACAGUUAUAUGUAGAGCUUAGCACAAUAGAUGCAAGGAUUAUGCGAAAUGUUACUGGAAUGCAGCAAUUAGAAAUUAAGCUUGAACCUGUUUCUGCUCAUGAUUAUCGGUCGAUACUGUUGCCUCUAGUGAAGUCAUACCUGCGGGCACAUUUGGAGGAUCUGGCUGAGAGAGAUGCCACAGAAAAGUCUGAUGCUGCAAGAGAAGCAUUUUUGGCAGAACUUGCACUUGAUUCUAAGAAAGCUGUCAGAGGAGGAAAUGAUAGUUUGCGACAUACGCAGGAGAAAACCAAGGAUAAGAAGAAGAACAAGGAGUAUAGGAAAGCAAAAGAUUCUAAGGUUAAUGGUGUUUUGGACGAGCACAUGCAUCACGAUGAGACUUCUGAACUUUCGUUUCCAGUUGUAUCUGAUGGUGACCUUCUGGAUUCUGAGAUUAUUGUUUCUGUUAAUGGCAAUGACUUGAAACAACUGGAAGAGGAAUCUAAACGAAGAAUUGAACUUGAAGCAGAGGAAAGAAAGCUUGAAGAAACUUUAGAAUAUCAAAGACAAAUUGAGAAGGAAGCUAAGCAGAAGCACCUUGCUGAGCAAAGUAAGAAAUCUACUCAUAUGCAUGCAGAGAAGGUGGCAGAGGGGACCCAUGAUGUUAAAUUGGAGCCUUGUGCUAAUGAAGAUGUGCAUGAGCGAUUUAAGCUUUCUGUGCAGGAGCCAUUGGCACAGAAGACUGGAUUCCCCAACAAUGUAGAAGGCAUUCCUGUUAAGAUGGCAAAUGGUUCUGCAGCGCCAGUAAAAUCUUCUAUUGUUGGUGUUCAAAUGAUUAGUGGUGCACAUCAAGCUAAAGUUAACCAAGGCCUACCUAAUGGAGGAAUUCUAGAGGAGGAUGGUUAUUUGCUUUCUGAUCGAAGAACAGUAAGGAAAAAUCGAAGGCAGAGGAGUUCCACAAAGGUGCCUGAUGGAAAGUCUCAAGCCCUGGCAUCUGAAAAGGAAAAUGUUGACGUUGGGAGGUCAACUGUUGAGGGUCACUUGAGAGAACAAAGCAGGUCACAUGACAGUCUCCUUGCAGACAGCAACAACGGAACAAAUGAGCUGAGACAGCAACGAGCAGAGGAAGAUGAUGAAGAAAGGUUCCAAGCUGACCUUAAAAAAGCCGUACGCCAAAGCCUUGACACAUUCCAAGAACAUCAGAAGUUGCCCAUAGUCUCAAAUUCGAGGAUGCUUAAAAGGAUAUCUACAGAAGUAGAUGGUGGUGCUGUUUUACAUAAUGACAUCACAAAUGAAAAUGCGAGUGAAACUGAUAUAUUUGGUACAGGUUUAAAGAAUGAAGUUGGUGAAUACAACUGCUUUCUGAAUGUUAUUAUACAGUCCUUGUGGCAUAUUAGACUAUUUCGAGAUGAGUUCCUACGAAGAUCAACAUCAGAGCAUGUGCAUGUGGGGGAUCCUUGUGUUGUCUGUGCAUUGUAUGAAAUCUUCACUGCCUUGAGCAAUGCAUCUGCAGAUAUGCGAAGAGAAGCAGUUGCCCCUACUUCUUUGAGAACAGCUUUAAGCAACCUGUAUCCAGAAAGUAAUUUCUUCCAGGAGGCUCAGAUGAAUGAUGCUUCUGAAGUUUUGGUGGUGAUAUUCGAGUGUCUUCACCGAGCAUUUACACCUGGUUCAAGUGUUUCUGAUGCUGAAUCAGUGGAGAGUAGUUGUCCGGGGUCUUGGGAUUGUUCAAACAAUGCUUGUAUAGUGCAUUCCAUCUUUGGCAUGGACAUUUUUGAACGAAUGAAUUGCUACAAUUGUAGUUUGGAGUCCAGAAAUCUCAAGUACACUUCAUUCUUCCAUAACAUAAAUGCAAGUGCUCUCCGAACAAUGAAGGUUAUGUGUGCAGAAAGCUCCUAUGACGAGCUUUUAAAUCUUGUGGAGAUGAAUCAUCAGUUAGCCUGUGAUCCCGAGGCUGGUGGCUGUGGGAAGCUCAACUAUAUCCAUCACAUUCUCUCAACCCCACCACAUGUAUUCACAACAGUUCUGGGUUGGCAGAAGACCUGCGAGAGUGCUGAUGAUAUAACAGCAACAUUGGCAGCUCUUAAUACUGAGAUAGAUAUCAGUGUCCUUUAUCGUGGCCUGGAUCCAAAGAGCACGCAUAACUUGGUUUCUGUGGUUUGCUACUAUGGUCAACAUUAUCAUUGCUUUGCCUAUAGUCAUGACCGUGAAUGCUGGAUUAUGUACGAUGAUAAAACUGUCAAGGUGAUUGGUGGCUGGGCUGAUGUUCUUACAAUGUGUGAAAAAGGGCAUUUGCAACCACAAGUUCUUUUCUUUGAAGCUGUAAACUAG